CCCCCAGAGACCCUCUUGGGGGAGCUGGGACCUUUGUGCCCCUUGAGACCCCCCAGGCAGAGUGAUGGGGGGACCCCAGCCCACAGUGACCCCCAAACCCUCACAAGGGGGGGUCCCCAAUCUCCCAUCGACCUCAAUCCCCCCAGAGACGAGACAUGGGGACCCCCAAUUCCCAUGUGGAGGAAGGGGCUCAGGGCUUCUCCUUUGCACCCUGGAACACCCAUCGGGAGGAGAUGGGGGCUUAACCCCCCCCCUCGGCAGCACCCAAGGGGUGUGGGGCUCUCCGGCUGCCCCGGCACUGCAGAGCCUGUCCCUGGGCCAGUUUUCCCACCCCGAUGCCGGCGCUGAGCGGCUCCGCGGGGGCCUCCCAAGCACCAAUUAUUAAUGAGGCAUCAUUUAUUAAUUACCUUCCGCCGGGGCGGGAGGUUCCGCACCCCGGCAACGCGCUGCUGGAGGCUCCUGGGGAAACCCUGCGAUCGGGUGGCGACCCCUUGGGUUCUUCAACCCGGGGGUGCCCUUUUCCCCCCCAGCACAAGGGGAGCGUGGGGUCCAGCAGCAGGUCCUUGGGGGGGAUUGGGAUUGAGUGGGAUGAGCCGGGAAUGAUGCGGAGGAGCCGCCUUGCUGGGGGCAGACGGCGGCGAUGUCGAGGUGGAGCUGGCGGCCGCGCGGCACCAACCGGAGGAGCUGGAGGAGCUGCUGGCACGGACCAAGUUCUCCAGGCGGGAGCUGCGAGCCCUGUACCGCGGCUUCAAGAGCGUGAGUCGGGGGGGACCCUCACCCCCAGCGCGGCUGCACCGGAGCCGCGGCCUCACCGGCGCCCGCUUCCCUGCCAGGAGUGUCCCAGCGGCCUCGUGGAUGAGGAAACCUUCACGCUCAUCUACUCCCGGUUCUUCCCGCAAGGCGACGCCAGUACCUACGCGCACUUCUUGUUCGACGCCUUCGACGCCGACCGCAACGGGGCCCUCUGCUUCCAGGUGAUCCAUGAGCUCUUCCUUCGGGAUCACUGCCCUGCUCUGGCUGGAGCCGGUGCCAGGGUUGAUGCCGGAACUGCGGCACCGGCUUCACCGCGGGGAUUAAAAAUAGCUGCGAGCGAGAAUGGAAACGGGAUCAAUAGGGAUAAAACACAAUUCCCACCGGGGCGUCCGCCAGCGCCGGUGCAGGGGUGUGAGAUGAGGGUCCCAUCCCUCGGGUCCCACAGGGAUGUUCCCACUCAACCCCAGUUCCUCCGGCAGGAUUUUGUCUUGGGGCUCUCGGUCCUGCUCCGGGGGACGGUGCAGCAGAAGCUGCAAUGGGCUUUUAACCUCUACGACAUCAAUAAGGACGGCUGCAUCACCAAGGAGGAGAUGCUGGAGAUCAUGACGUCCAUCUAUGACAUGAUGGGGCGCUGCACCCAGCCCGCGCUCCGGGACUGCGCUCCCGCAGAGCACGUGGAGCUCUUCUUCCAGAAGAUGGACAGGAACGGCGACGGCGUCGUGACCUUCGAGGAGUUCCUGGACACGUGCCUGAAGGACGAGGACAUCAUGAGCUCCAUGCGCAUCUUCGAGGACGUGCUCUAGAGCGGGGCUUCGCGCCGGGU